ACUUGCUAAAACAGGCUACAGAGUAUUAGAUCAUAGUCCACUAUAAUGUGGAACUAUUGUUAAACCGUACGCUCCUCUGUGAACGUCCCUGCACCACCAAGGAAGGUUUAGUAAAUAAAAAUUAAUGCUGCUUUUCUCCUCCGUUCAAAGUCUUCAUUUGUUCUCUCACCCUCCCCUUGCAGUUGUAUGGUCAAAGAUGGGAGGGGGAGGUCCACACACACACACACACACACACACGGCCGCAUCCACUGCUGAUGUCAGACUCCAGUCAUGUCGACCCUCCUCAGCACCAGCAGCACCAUCAUCUUCAUGGCUCUUCUACAGAGACCUAACUGAUGAUGGAUCUAUUCCGCAGAGGAGAGCUGGGGCUGCUGGGAGGGGGAGAGGGUCUGAGAGAUGAUGGGGGUGUUUCCGGGAUCAGCUGGUCUGCCAAUCGGCUGCCGGAGGACAUGUACCCAGCAUCAGGAUUGGCCUUGGCUGCUGCCUAUCAUGACAUCAAGACCAGGCUGGCCAGUCUGGAGAGGGAGAAUAGCAGCAUCAAGAGGAAACUCAAACACUACGAGGUCAAGUUUCCUAUGAUCAGUGAAUUUGGAGAGGAGAGGAUACUGUGCUGUUCCUGUGAGCCCAUCAUUAAGGAUACCACUGUUAUCCAAUCAGAGACCACCAACCUUCAACAAAGGAUCAACUCUCUCACUCAGGAGCUCCAGAAGAGUAAGGAGAGAGAGGAGAGGUUGGAGGAAGUCAUCCAGGCUUACGAGAAGAUUCACCUGGAGAAAAGCAAUGUCCAGAGAGACCUAGAUAAGAUGACCACUCUGGCAGAGCAGCAUGUGGAGCGGAUAUGCAGUCUGGAGUCGGCUCUCAGACAGAGAGAAAGUUCCCUUCAGAAACUGAGCGCUCAGCUCCGCAGCAAAGACGCUCAUCAGUCUCAACUUCACACCAGCCUCGAUGUACCCAGAGAGGGCCGUGGGCCGACGCUGCAGAGCUCCCGCAGUCUGGACGCUCUGUCAGACUUGAAGCUGCAGCGACUAGAGGCUGAGCUGGAGGGGGCCCGGCACCAGGCUGAAGGCGCCUGUCAGAGGGAGAAGGAGCUGAGGGCUGAGCUUCAGAGGCUACAGCAGGAGGUGGCCCAGCUACAAGAAGCACAGAGACAGUCACGGGACUUGUCGUCACACUGUGAGCACUGUGAUGUAGAAUGGAUAAAGAAAGCCGGGGAUGAACAGGUGAACCUUGCGUUAGCCUACACUGAGCUAACAGAGGAGUUGGGUCGUGUUCGCGAUCUGGCUGUGAAACAGAGUGAUCUUCUUCGACAUGUCUCACAGGAGCCUAUUUCUCGUCCUCCCCCUGCUCCUCAGCGUCUCUCGCCCACCUCCCCCCGGCGCUCCUCGCUUUCCCCUGAUAGGCUCCUCCCCGCCACCUCUCCCCCGCUGUCCCCAAAUGAUGGCCCUGCCUCAUACUCCCAUCAGCCAACCAGCAGUCGUCUACGAGCAAAGUUCCAGGGUCGUCGUAGUUACUCAGAGGUAUCUGACCCAUCAGCCAUCCAGAGACCUCCAGCUCGUCUGAUGAGGGAUCCCGUGUCCACCCUUCCCAAGCCCAGGCCCCUCCUUGGCGAGAUGCAGGGUUAUGGCCAAACCAAAGCUCAGCUACGAACCUCCUUGGUGGGUCUGGUCAGACCAGCAUCAGCUCAUGGAGCUGGAGGGGAGAGAGGUGGAGGAGGAGGGGGAGGAGAGAGAGGUGGAGUCAGCAGUCUGAGCAGCAGUCCUCAUCACUGUGCUCUGGACCUGGGCUUCCCUCUGGCUGCUGAGGUGACGGUACAUCACUUCUGUCACCUUGACGACCCACCUGAGCCCACCCCACUGGUGACGCCACCACAGUCCUCUGAUGAUGAAGAGGACGUGUGUACGUAUCUAUCGCCGGCUGCCAGCCCACCUCAGACGCUUGGCGCAAUUGGGAUCGGCUCAUCGUCUCCUAGGGAACAGCCCCUUCACCCUUCAUUUCCGUCUCCUAGGAAACAGCCCCACCAUCCCUCCUUCUCCGCCCCUGAGGGCCCAGCCACCCUCUCCUGCCAUCUGCCUCCUUACAUGAACACUGAGCAUGCUCAGUCAUGGCCCUCCAUUAACUUAUGGAUGGAGUCAGAAGAGAGUGCUGUUCGUAGCUGUCCUCUCUGUCAGCUGACCUUCCCCACUGGUUACCCUGAUGAUGCCCUGAUCAAACACAUCGACUCUCACUUGGAGAACAGCAAGAUCUGACUUUUUUUUUUCUUUAGACCAAGCAUUUUACAGCUAUUUUCACCCGUGAUGAAAACAAGGGUCACCUUGAUUGCUUUCUGUUUAGGUUUUAUUCAGCAUUUGAUGAGCCUGCAUGCUUCUUUCUAUGGAACUUGCCCAAUAGGACCACUGUCUUCUGGGGGGUUACAUGUCUGGCUCAAGGAAAACUUCUUUCUACGUUUCCAUUCACAUUGUUCAAUUACAAAACAUUUUUUUUUCAUUCACCAAGGGUAUAUCUACAUUCCCUCUCUCACAAAGCUCCAUUUCAACAAUUCUGUACCUGACCAAACAAUCCAUUUGUACAUAGACCUGAGAAAUUGCAGACGUAGAAAAGACAAUUUUGCUGUAUCUGUCAGAUACACUGACACACAGACAGGAGCUGCUGAGGCUCCAUUGGUAACAUCACAUCUGCUGGUCUGAGGUCAACCCUGGAAAGAGAAGACGUGCUGGAAACAUUCAUUGCAUGCAGUGUCUGAGAAACAUGUUGUUUACAUGUCGCAACAUACAUCAAAAUACCUGGAUGUUACAGCCCUUGUCUUGCUUUGUGCAGGGUCAAAAUAACUGUUUUCAAAAGAUUUCUAGAGCUACAAUUAACUUUUGUAAGAGUUAAAAUGAUUCAGAGGAUAAAAAAUGCCUGCGGAAGUUAUUCCAUUAGCGACAUAAGCUUAUUUGGAUGUGAUGAUAAAAUGAUCAUUGUGUAGUCUAACUGCCAGUUUAUAAACAUUUG